AUGACGCAGCUUACUGUAUCGUUCAGAAGCAACACCAUGUUGCAUAUGGAGCUUGUGUACAUAGUGCCAGCUAUAAGCGUAUUAGUGUAUGUAAAAAGUUCAAUUAAUGUAGCAACUACACUGCCACCCAAUGUAUAUGAUAUUGUAAAAAAUACAGACUUAAGCAAAGCUAGAAGUGUCCUGAAUGUAUCGAGAAGAAUUAUAGAUGGCGAAAAAUCUCACAAUAGUAGACCUUAUAUGGUUUAUCUAAAACUUCCAACGAACGAUCCUAAAUACAAGAACUAUCACCGUUGGCUCUGCGCUGGUGUGAUAGUCCAUGAGGAGUAUAUCCUCACAUCAGCCGCUUGUAUAGAGGACGCCAAACACUUCUAUGUUGUCUCUGGCACUUCCAGAUUUGCUGAAAGGGACGAUCGCUACAACAAUCUUUGUAUCAAAAAUGGAGCCAAGAAAGCUAUUUGGAAAUGUAUACCCAGAAAUUACGUCUUCGACGGUCAUGAAAAUGACAAUAUAAGAUGGAUGAACAACGACAUCGCUAUCGUAAAAGUGGAGGAUGAGUUCGACUUCACACAUCGUGUGAAGGGCUGUGACUUCAUACCGAAGCCGAUCUGCUACAACAACCAAUCCAGCAGGUUCGAGGAUCCAGGCCAAACAGCCAUUAUAGCCGGAUGGGGAAGCACUGAGAAAUAUAAUGAUCCUAAGCCUACGAGUCAAGAUCUUCUCGAAACCUCUGUCCUCUUGAUAUCCAAAAGUCAGUGUAAGAAGCGCUGGGGACCGAGGUACCACAACAUCAUAGACAAUUACAUGAUAUGCUCAAGAGAUAUCGUUAAUGAAUUAAGUGAAGUUUGCAACGAAAAGUACGUCGAAUGCACAGAGAUUACCUACUCCGAUGAAAACCAGGAGUCGCGACGGGUGAUCAAUCCAAAUCAGUUGUCUCUACAUUCGGGCUACCACAAUGACACUCGCAGAGUGAACCAGCAGCAAUACAACGGAGGAUUCUGUGAGAAUGACCAUGGUGGACCAUUAAUUCAUGGCGAGGGAGCCAGCGCUAUGGUGAUCGGCAUAAUCUCCGCUUGCCUCGUCAAAGAGCAGACAAACAAGUGCUAUGGACCGUUUCUGUACACCAGCGUCUAUAAAAACAGGAUCCUGAUAAAUUGUGCCAUUUAUAAAGACGUUGCAGGUGACUGCACAAAAAUAUUCAGAUCCGGUGAUUCAUAUAGAGAAGAGGAGCUAAGUUGGAACGGUCAUCCAGACGGGCCAGCCAAAAAUGAAAUGAGAAGAUCAGAAGAUAAGAGAAGUAUUAAUGAAAAGCCAUCGAAUGAUACAAAACUAGAUAAAGUAAUGAAACACGGCGGUGUCAUUUUAAGAACUCACACUGAUCAUGCAGCGAUGAAAUUGGAGAAUAUUAAUUCUACUGUCUAA